AUGUCUGAUGUUGUGAAGACAGUUAUAGGACAGCGACUCGAUCUGUACAAGCUUCUCGAGUUGAAUUAUAAGGACUACAAGGGAAACGAUGACGCUGCAACUACGCACUCGCUGAAGAAACAAUACAGAAAGUUGUCCUUACGUUACCAUCCUGACAAAAAUCCUGGCCCUGAGUACAUAGAUAGGUUCCACUUGUUGAAUUUAGCCAUAACAGUGCUGGCGGAUCCAGCAAAGAAGGCAGAAUAUGACCAAUGGGUAGCGCAGUACCUGUAUCCAGACAAUGGACUGUCAGAAGCUGAGCAGACAAGAAGAGAAGCGUUAGUUCAAAAACUAAAUGCUUCUGAAAGAAAAGUGAGAGAAGAUAAUCAAGGUGGUAAUGUUGCUGAUAUUGGCAAAAUACAAAACUAUGGCGAGAAACUGCGAAGGAUGGCGCACUUCGGUUUAGGUUUUGGGGAUUGGCGCAAUUUGGAUGAGCAUAUCUCCAGAGCCACUACAAAUACAAUAGAAGAUUCUACUACUGAUAAAGAAGUAUGUACUUUAAGAGCUGUAUUCGAUUUUCAAUCAAUAGAAAACAUCAGUGAUCCAAAUAACUUGCGGCGGUAUAUGAAUGAAGUCUUUCCAGAAUACAUGUAUGACAUAGACGAGAUAAGGUACUCAUCGAAUAAUGUUUAUGAUGGAGAAGAAGACAUUGUUGUUUAUAUAGUUCUGAAGGAUCCCAUAAAGACUGGCAGACUAUACCACCAGAUCAAGAGGAACCCACCGGAUGCUUUUGUGGAAAUCGAACCAUACAUUUCGCCAAAGCUGUUUGAAUCCUUCUCUAAAGAAAUCCCACUAAAUGACCAUGUGAAGAACCUCUUGAGAGGUGUACCAGAAGUGAUUGAUCUUGACUAA